GGAGCUACUACGCGUGCGCUAAACCCCGCUGCUUCUCGUUUUGUCCCGAAAUUCCGCGAAGGUUCCCGAAGGCUCCGCUCGGCUUUUUCCGGAGAGACUCGAGAGCGAGGCGGAGGCCUCGCCGCUUCCUGUCUCCCGGCUCGCUGCUGUUGCCGGCUCCGGUGCUGCCGUAACCGGCUCUUCAGCUCCGCCCGCCAUGUCCCAGCUCUGCUACAACCGGGGCUGCGGCCAGCGCUUCGACCCCAGCGCCAACACGGAGGAUUCAUGCACAUAUCAUCCAGGUGUACCGGUCUUUCAUGAUGCUCUAAAGGGCUGGUCAUGUUGUAAGAGAAGAACAACAGACUUCUCUGACUUCUUAAGCAUUGCGGGCUGUACAAAGGGUCUUCAUAAUAGUGAGAAACCCCCUGAGCCUGUGAAACCUGAAGUCAAAACUACCUCUGAGCGAAAGGAGCUAGCUGAACUGAAACCUAAAUUUCAGGAGCAUAUAAUUCGGGCACCAAAGCCAGUGGAAACCAUUAAUAGGCCAAGCCCAGAUGAGCCAAUGACAAGCUUACAGCUGAAAGUAUCAGCUUCCCUGAAACAAGCACUAGAUAAACUGAAACUAUCAUCAGAGAAUGAACAAGAAAAAAAAGAAGAGGACAGUGAUGAGAUCAAAAUUGGGACGUCAUGUAAAAAUGGAGGCUGUUUGAAGACAUUUGAAGGACCACAGAGCACAGAAGAAAUAUGCAUAUACCAUUCUGGAGUACCUAUAUUCCACGAAGGGAUGAAGUACUGGAGCUGUUGUAAGAGAAAAACUUCUGAUUUUAAUACAUUCUUAUCUCAAGAAGGCUGUACAACAGGAACACACGUGUGGACUAAAAAGGAUGCUGGGAAAAAAGUAGUUCCAUGUAGGCAUGAUUGGCAUCAAACUGGAGGUGAAGUGACUAUUUCAAUAUAUGCGAAAAAUUCACUUCCUGAACUUAGCCAUGUAGAAGCAAAUAGCACAAUGCUAAAUAUCCAUAUUAUUUUUGAAGGAGAUAAAGAAUUUGAUCGCAAUGUGAAAUUGUGGGGAGUAAUUGAUGUGAAGAGGAGUUAUGUAAACAUGACAGCUACGAAGAUUGAGCUCACUAUGAGGAAAGCAGAGCCCAUGUUAUGGGCAAGCCUUGAACUACCAAUACCUAAAACACAGCAAAAACAAAAUGAAGAUAUUACAGAUCAAGAAUGAAUCCUAAAGAUAUACAGACUGUUUCCUGAUUGUGAAAGUGGUGACUUGCUACUGUAAUGCAUUUCCUUUUAAGACUAUUUUAUAUAAGAUCACUUUUUACAAUACAUCUUGCAUUCCAGAUCAGGGCAAGCACUCCAUUAUGUAAAAACCUAGUGCUUGCCCUGAUCUGGAAUGCAAGGUGUAUUGUAAGUUUAUUGGAGCUUAGUCCACACUGUGCAUUAACAUUUCAAGCAUCGUAUUUGGACUGGAGCUACCGGAGUAAUCGAUGUUAGACUGCAUACAGUUUGCUAUAUAUCUUACUGAAAUAAGGAUACAAGAUAUGAGUCUAUGGAAUGAUUAGCAUGAUUCCCGUGGUCUAGAAUAAACAAAUUUGAUAUUCAAACAUCAGUAAUAAAUCCAGAAAGAAAGUAGAUGCUACUCAGAUUCUUUCCUUUUGUCUUAUGAAAGUGACAAUGAUGGCUGCAUAUUCCACUUCUGCAGUGGUGAGGUCACUAGUUUUUGAAGGGCUCAGGUAGUUACUAGCUUUUUCACCAUCUUGUUGUCUGGACCUGCUCUGAGAAAUUUUAGAUUACACUUGGUAAAAGCACUGGUGCACUAUCAACACUAGUACUGUUACCAGUAGAAGUGCAACAUUAGAAGACUUGCUGAAAAAUUCUGUUACAACUGGAGGGGGGGAGUUCAUGAAAAUUUUUCCCCGCUACCACCCCCGUUUUGAUUUCUAAAUUUUAAAUAAUCCUAAAACAAAAGGAAAUGGAGCAAGGUACUGAUUUGAUAGCUUAGCCUCCCAGCUCUGGAAACCUACACAUUAGAGACCAUCUCAAAACCACUAAGCCAGUUAAUGUAAGGGAUUUUGCAAGGUCUCUAACAUUUGUUAGCUACCACCCAAAAAUGCUCACAGUUGUUCAUCUGUCUCAAAGAGGGUAAAUAUUGAAGCAGGAGAGGAUAAUGCAGACAGUAUUUGAUGUGUUGACUGAUCUAUGUAAGGAAGAUUAAUGUUUCCAUGCAGUAUGCCUGAAUCUAGCUAUUGAGGGUUAUUGUCUUUCUCUGAGUAUUAAAUUCACUAAAGGAAAAGUUUGAAAAGAAAAACUAAAAAGUAACAAGCCUCAUAAUGAUAUACCAGUUUCAGGUAAACACAACUGUUUACCUGAAAAACAGUUUAAAAAAAAUAAAAAAAUUAAAGAUCGUUAUUUAAAUGUUUUUAUUUUAAAUUCUUUUGGUUAGUACUUCCAGAAGAAAACUAGCAGCAUAUUUUUGUUUUCAGUUCAAGGGUAGAGGCCUUGCUGCCAAAAUCCUGGGAUAUUGUGAAAAUCUGUGACUGAGCUCUAGGCCAUAGCUGAUGCUGAAACUGCAUCUAUAAAAGUAAGUUUAGGGCUGUAAUUAAAAAAAAAAAAAAAAAAAAAAAAACCCAAAACCCUCUACAGCUAUGUAGAUCACUUUGUGUGUAGGUCAACUUCUAUCUAAUUAAAACUUACCAUAGAAAACUUUAAAGCCCCAAUUCACUUUACAGACUCAGGCUGUACACUGGAGUUGGAAGGUGUAAUGUACCAAGGGUCUUGGACAGGAUUGUACUUGGUGUGGCUAGCCUCUCCUGAUCCCACAGCUACACUUCAUGUGGGUGUGUCAACUCAAGCUAGAAACUACACCUUCCUGCUCCAGGAUAGACAUACCCUCUCUUAUGCAGGGACAUAAGCAAUUCACAAUGCUUGUGAUAUCAUUUUUCCAUCCUGACAGACAUGGAAUGGGGAGCAAAAAGAAUGUUUACAGUUGGCAAGAUGGGAGUGCGUAGUGGGUUUAUGUAUAUAACAGUGGAUAUGAGAAACAUCUUUGAAAGCUUAAGAAGAAAGGUAGUUUAACUAAUCUUUAGGGUCUUUUACCUGUGUAGACUUGAGUUCAGGGUUCUAUCUACAGCAAAGACAUAACUAAUGCUGAAAAACGGGUAGGAAAUAUAGAAUAAUGCAUAUAUAUUUACAGAGAAACUGAUUUAGUGUUUGAGAUUGGGACUUUCAAAGGGGCUGAGGAAGUUAGUUGCUCAACUUUGAAAACCCCAGCUCUAGGUGCUACACAAAACUAUACAGUUUAACAUUUUAUCUAUGCUUUGUUUUAUGUAAUACCAUGUAAAAUGCCUUAAAGUAGUAGGGUCCAGGCUUUCAAAAGUAUAUACAUGAAAAUACAUCUGUAUUCUUUGCAUGUGGAAACUUGUAAGAGCUCAUCAGGCAUUGUGUGUACACACAAGUGCAUGCUUUUCUAAGUCUAAUAUUGUGGCAUUACUUACUUCACUGGAGGGAGUAUUCCAGAGACCCCCUCUAGUGAAGUAAGUAAUGCCCCUUUACAGAAAUGCUAGUAAAUAUUCCACCUCUGCUCCCCUUUUGCACUCAGCCUGAUAAUUAGACUCUGAAACACAACUAAGAGGAAAGUCAGGCAUUACUACUUAUGUUCCAUGUCUUUAAUAGAAAAUUGUAGAUACUUAGAGCUUGAUAAUGACAAAAUCAAAACUUUCCCAUCACUGUAAUAGAAAUAAAUUAGUUUUUUAAUAUUUCUGUUUAAGAAAGUUCAAACAGUUUCUUCUCUUAAAAUUAAGACUAUAUAUAUAGAUAUAUAUAGAUAUAUAAUCAUCAUAGCUUUGCACUGGCCAUAAUAUGGUUUUAAGAAUAAAUGGGCCAAAGUCUCAGCUGGUGUAAAUUGGCAUAAAUCCAUUGACUUUAAUGGAAUUACACCAAUUUACAUCUGAAAAUAUAGCUUUUUUUUCUAUUCCUCUGCAUGUUCACCUAGCAGCAUACUAUUGAGCUAUAUCAUCUUUGAUUGAGAAUUAGAAAAUUUUGAACAAACCUUGCCAGUGCCCAGAAACUAUCUUUACAACACCGCAGAUAGGUUGUGUCUUCAAGAAAUAAAAAGAUUUUGAUCUGAUGGUUACCUUUUUUUAGUGGAACUCUAUUAGUAUGACACUGAACUCUUGUCAGCAAAUGGGAAGGGAAGGUGAAUUGAGGUUAUAAUUACUACGCUAAACUAUUAGAUACUUCAGAAAUCUGUAUUUAGAAGGGGGGGAGCUUUUAAAAGAGGUUGAAGAGGAAUUUUCUAAUAGAGAUAUUUUUAUCAUUAAAUUAUAAUGAAAUUGUAAAUAUUUGCAUGAAGUAAACCAUAAUCAGCUUGGUCUGAAUGAUUCCUGGCAGUCAAGAUUGCCAUAUCUCAUAGCUUCAUUGUGCUACCUUUAACAGGUUGGUUUGCCUGCUGCAAUCUGUGGAAAUUAGUUUUAUAUUUUUAUAUUACACAGAACUCUUACAAAACUAUACUGUAUUUAUUGUAUAUUCUUAAACAUGGCAUGAGAAUUGAUAAAUACUGUAGCUGUUAAAUUCAUUGUUUAUAUUCCAUAUUACUACUACAAAUUGCACUUAUCCAUAUUCAGAAAAAUUAUUUUACCUUAAUGAAGUACUCUAGGUGUCUGGAACACUGUUUUAGGGUGGUAAAUAUUUUGCCAUUACAAAAAACAUGUGCAUUACUGUUUUGUCCAUGUUUUCUUCUGCAUGGGUGUCUGAUUUGUCCUAUUCAUGUAACUUGGUUAUGUGAACCUUUUCUUGGCAUGCUCAUGUCAUCAUGCUCUAGUUUUGAAUAAAUUCUUACUAUUGGCUGGUUAUA